AAAAGGAAAAAAGAAAAACAAAAUGUCUUCUUCUUCUUCUUCUUCCCUGACGCAGAGAAACCCGAUAAGUUUGCAGCCGAAUGGCGCCGAGCAAGAGCUAUCGGAGCCUCCUUUUCCUCCUCCUCCACAGACGCAGCUAAGGAGACAACGUUCGACAACUCACCCUGCCAUGUCACAGACGCUGACGUCAGCAGCAAACUUAGCCAACCUCCUUCCGACAGGAACUCUGUUAGCUUUCCAGCUCCUCAUGCCGGUCUUCACAUCAAACGGCUCGUGCGAUUACGCGACACGCGUUUUAACCGCAGUGCUCCUAACGCUUCUCUCCAUCUCCUGCUUCCUCAGCUCCUUCACAGACAGCGUCAAGGCUGAAGACGGCAACGUUUAUUACGGCUUUGCCACUCGCAAGGGUAUGUGGGUUUUUGACUACCCUGACCCGUCCGGUUUGGGUUUACCCGAUCUAAGCAAAUACCGGGUUCGGAUCGUCGACUGGAUCCACGCAGUUUUGUCUGUUCUUGUGUUCGGUGCGGUGGCUCUGAGGGACAAGAACGCCGUGACUUGUUUUUAUCCGGCGCCGGAGCAAGGAACCAAGAAGGUUUUGGAUAUUGUUCCGAUGGGUGUUGGGGUUCUUUGCGGUAUGUUGUUCUUGAUUUUCCCGGCGAGAAGACACGGUAUCGGAUAUCCGGUCACCGGAAACGGGGGUCGCCGUUAGAUUCGUUAUUUACAAACAAAAUUGGUUCAUUUAAAUUUUUGGGAAAAAAAGGUCGUUGACUAAUUCGUAUGUGUUAUCAUUUCGUGGUUUGUAUCUAUCUGUAUGUUCCUUCUCAUCUACUUCCUAUAUUGAUUAUAGAUUUAA